AGAAAUCUUUGAGGCCGGUAUCGAUGGCAAAACCUCCAGCAGAUUUGCGUGUGAAAUCCUGGAGUGUUUCGUAAUUGUGAAGCGCGUGUGGAGGCAGGCAGGGAAGUGUGUAAAAAAGCCGUGAGGAAAAGUUCGGUUGGAGCUCUCGAUCCAGCUGCUCUGCCUUUCCCUCCCCACCGCCACCGCCUUCCCCCGCUCCCCGCCCGCGUUUUGUUUGUUUUUUUUUUUAUUUUUAUUUUUUUUUAGUUUUUUUCAUCUUAAGACUGUGGGAACUUAAUUUCCGGAUCAAAGUUAAUGUCACCCGGUGUGGCUCGGCGUCGAGGAGGAAACCGGUGAGUAAAGUCGGAAUGAGGGACAGGAGCCCCGUGGAGGACAGCUCUUCGGAGUCUGAGGCGGAAAACAAAGGGACGGGCGACGAAAACGAGGCGAUCGAGUCGUCUGACGAAUUUUCACCCACUUCAGAGGACCGCCACGAUGGCACCAGCAACGGGACAGCCAGGUUACCUCAGCUGGGCGGCGUGGGUCAGAGUCCCUACACGAGCGCCCCUCCGCUCUCCCACACGCCGAACUCGGACUUCCAGCCCCCGUAUUUCCCCCCACCCUACCAGCCCAUCUACCCGCAGUCUCAGGACCCGUACUCGCACGUCAACGACCCGUACUCCCUGAACUCGCUGCACGCCCAGCCGCAGUCGCAGCACCCGGGCUGGCCGGGCCAGAGGCAGGGCCAGGAGAGCGGCCUGCUGCACCAGCACCGCAGCCUGCCCCACCAGCUGUGCCGGGAGUACCGCAGGGAGGUGCUGCUACCGUCCGGCCACGGCAUCGACACGGGACUGUCGGACUCUAUCCCCAUCCAUGGAAUACCUCACCCUUUAGAUGACGUUCAGCCUGUUGAGGAUCAAGGAAUACACAUUCCCGACCAGACUGUAAUUAAAAAAGGUCCCGUGUCUUUAUCCAAGAACAACAGCGUCUCCGCCAUCCCCGUAAAUAAGGACGGUCUUUUCGGAGGAGUGGUCAACCCGAACGAGGUGUUCUGCUCGGUUCCGGGUCGCCUGUCCCUCCUCAGCUCCACUUCAAAGUACAAGGUCACGGUGGCUGAGGUGCAGAGACGCCUCUCGCCACCCGAAUGCCUCAACGCCUCUCUGCUGGGCGGGGUGCUGAGAAGGGCCAAGUCUAAGAACGGAGGUAGAUCCUUAAGGGAGAAGUUGGAUAAAAUCGGUUUGAAUCUACCUGCAGGCAGACGUAAAGCUGCCAACGUCACCUUGCUGACGUCACUAGUCGAAGGCGAAGCGGUGCAUCUUGCCAGGGACUUUGGUUAUGUGUGCGAGACUGAGUUUCCAGCCAAAGCAGUAGCUGAAUAUGUAAACCGUCAGCAUUCCGACCCAAACGAACAAGUCCAAAGAAAAAACAUGCUGUUGGCCACGAAGCAAGUUUGCAAAGAGUUCACAGACCUGCUGUCCCAAGACCGCUCGCCCCUGGGGAACUCCCGGCCGCAGCCCAUCCUCGAACCGGGAAUCCAAAGCUGUUUGACCCACUUUAGUCUCAUUUCGCACGGUUUCGGGACCCCGGCGCUGUGCGCGGCUGUCACGGCCCUCCAGAACUAUCUGACCGAGGCCAUUAAAGCCAUGGACAAAAUGUACCUCAACAACAACCCCAACAGCCACUCAGAUAACGGCUCUAAAGGCGGGGACAAAGAUGAGAAGCACAGAAAGUGAUGUUUCCUCUUCACCUCACCUUUCUGCCCGAGGGGGCCAAAAUGCCAGGGGCCCUUCAUCUGCACCGACCUACACAGUCUCCCCUCGCCCCGCCCCCUAACCAUCCAAUAUAAAUAUUAUAAAUACCUUAUAAAUAUUAUUGAUAAAGUUAAACGUGCCACUUCCUGAUCUGAUCUUGCGCCGAUUUUACAUGUCUCUUGUUUUCACAUCCCACUUUGGAUUCAAACGGGAAGCGAUGCAAAGAAUCUUCUUCUCCUCUUCCUCCUCCUCCUCCUCCUCCUCCUCCUCCUCCUCCUCCUCCUCCUCCUCCUCCUCCUCCUCCUCCUCCUCCUUCUUCCAACACCUGGACGAUAUGAAACGUUAUUUAAAAAAAAAAAAAGAAAAAAAGAAAAAAGAAAAAAAAUACGAAGAAAAAAAAAUACGAAAAGAGGAAAAGAAGCUGCAGAGGAACAGCUCCAGGGCGAGGGGAAAGGUGGGCUGCCUCAGCCAGAAGACUUUUUAUGUACCACCACCCCUCCUGUUUUUUUUUUAAUUUUUUUUUAUUUUUUAUGAGCUGCAACGAAUGGACUGAAAUCCAGCGACCCCUUCUCUAUAUUUCACUUUUACGAUUGUGACGAGAGAGGAAAAAAAAAAACCACAACAACAACAAAAUAAAAACGAAGCUAAAAGAGGAUGAAUUCUUAUCAGUAUUGUGAAUAAUAAACUUGAAAAGGCAAAGAGAAAAUCCACAGCUCUCCAUGUCAUGACUUCAGUUGUAGACUCCCCUCUUUUUCUCUCUUUCUCUCUUUCUCCGAGCGACCAACUUGAACUAUUUUUUUUUUGUUUGUUUUGAAUUUCAACACGAUUCGCGGUUAUAUAAGGGAAUCGGUGUUUAUGUAUGUAUAUAUUUAUUUAUGUGUAAUUUAAUGGGAAUUGUAAAUAUGGUGCGUCUGUUGCAACUUCUUUUUUUUUAUUUAUCUGGUGCCUCCUGUUUUAGUGGGUUUUGAAUAUUCGGUUAGUUCUUCAUGUGAUUUUAUGGUUCUAGAAAAACAGAAGUUUUGGGGUAAUUUUUUAUUAUUAUUAUUAUUAUUAUUAUUAUUAUUAUUAAUAAUUAUUAUUAUUAUUUUAUUUCUCUGGGAUAUUUCAAUUUCAGCCCUCUUGUAGCAUGUUGAGGUGACACUGAAGCAAGUGAACAAAUUUUAAUAGAAAUAAACUUCCAAUUUCUCUCAAUAUAUAUCAACCUAUUCAGUUCUUCUUCUUCUUCUUCUUCUUCUUCUUCUGUUUUUUUUUUUAUUUGACCCCGAGGAAAGAAGAAAAAAAAAAAUCUUUAUUUUGUGUGUCUAAUUUGCGUUUUUAUACAAGCUUCUAUGUGUUGUGCCAAUCAGAAUACGUUUCACCUCUUGUUCUCUUCUUGAAGCACCAUAAAAGCAAUAAAUUGAAUAUUGUCUUUUUCCUCCUCCUCCCCCCGCCCACCCCCAGUGUUCGGAAAGACAUUCAGAAACAUUUUUCUUUUAUUAUUUCUUGGGACCACCUGCUAUCUUGUUAUAUGUCCGAUUAUGUCCAAAAUUGGAGGCGGUUUUAGCUGUAUUGUAUAGACAUGUGCUGGCAAUAGUUCCUAUGCCUGUCAAUGUAUUAUAGUCCUUUGUUGCCCAGAAAAAAAUAAAUAUUUGAUACGCUUCA